AUGAGUUCAAAGCAUUCGAUGAGUGUGCAGAGUAAGAAGAGAAAUAUAAAUAUCAUGAAACGCGAUAAUCAAGCAGCUGAUGUUAAGGUUUCAGACAAUGUCGUAUCUAAUACAUUGGAAGAGGAUCAAGAUGAGGUAGACGAUGACGAGUUAGAUUUAGAGAAUGUUUCCUCACGUUCUGAUGCUGAAGGUGACGAUGAAGAUGAUUCCGAUGUUAUAGAAAAAGAAGAAAGUGAUGAUGAUUUCCCAAGAAAAAGAAAAUCGAAAAUGAGUAAACAUGAUGAUGGUUCCAACGAUUUCUCUAGUGCAGUUACUGCCAUUCUAUCGUCUCAUUUGAAGGCAUAUGAUAGAAAAGAUCCUAUCAUGGCCAGAAACAAGAAAGUGUUGAAGAAAAAUGAGGAAGAUAAAUUGGAACAACAAGCUAGAAAGCAACUGUUGGUUGAGAAGAAGAAAUUGUUAUCAAAAUCUAGGAAGCUUGAUAUUAUCCCUGUUGCAUCUGAAGAUAACUCAGGUGAGGAAAUCAGAAAAAUAUUAGAGAAGGAAGCAAAACUAAGAAAAGUGGCUCAAAAAGGUGUUAUAAAAUUAUUCAAUGCUAUUUUAUCUACACAAGUUAAAACUGAUAAAGAAGUUAAUUCUACAUUAGGUGAUAUUACAAAUAGAAAUGAAAAGAAACAAUUGAUCACGGAAGUAUCGAAAGAAAAGUUUUUAGACUUAGUUAAGGCUGCCGGUGAUGAUGCAUAA